AUGCAGGUCGUGGACGAGUGCCACGACCUGGUUGUCAACGCAAUAUUGUGGACGGCUUUGGCUUUCGUCGCGGUUGGGCUCCGGCUGUUCACAAGAGGAUUUAUCGUGAAGAGGAUGGGAUGGGAUGAUUAUUUAAUGGCGUCUGCAAUGGUUUGCUCAAUAGGCUUUCUCGUGGCUGCCAUGUACCAAAUCAGAUGGGGACUUGGUCAGGCUGUGGAUCCUGCCAACCUUGCUAGCUUCCUGACAGCACUCUUUGUCACUGUGCCAUUCUACAACCUUACCCAGACAUUCUACAAGCUCUCUCUCACGACGCAAGCCGCACGGCUCUUCACGACGACUACUGCGGCAAGGAUCAUGAAAGCAGCCAUCGUUUGGGUCUGUGCCUGUGGCAUCAUGUCCUUCUGUGCUGCCCUCUUCUUUUGCUUUCCGGUAUCGAAGGCGUGGGACGACUCGGUGCCAGGCUGGUGCGUGAACAGACCCGCACUGAACUACUCAGUUGCGGGCUUUAAUAUCGUAAACGAUAUAAUGUUGCUCAUCAUCCCGCUGCCGUUCCUUACAAAACUGCAACUACCUCGGAAGCAGCGUAUCAUCCUUAUCUCGGUCUUUGCUUGUGGUCUAUUCACGACCAUUGUGUCCAUCAUCAGACUUCGAGCGCUAUACCAGAAUCUGAAUGGACCGUAUGAGGAACAAUCAGUGACCAGCGUUCCUAUCGCCCUGUGGUCCGUGGUGGAAAUCAACGUGGCCAUCAUCUGCGGCUCGGUGCCGUCCCUGAAAGCCUUCGUCUCACGGGUCGUCUUCGGAAACAAGCCCGGCUCGACGCCGUCGCACGGCGUAUACGGCUUGUCUGCAUCUCGCAAGCAGAGCCAUGUGCUGAGGAGCCAGGUCGACGACGACGAGCGGCGUGGGACGAGAUUGGAGAUCCAGGUCGAGCAGUCUAUCGAGAUGAAGGCGUAUCACAUCGACGAGACGGGGUCUGAGAAACACCUCAUACAAGCCGCCGGUGCGCAGGGUUACCGAAACGACUCGCGGAAUAAGACUGAGACCAAGAUCAACGCGACUGGGAACACAGUGAUGGUGUCCGGUAGUUCGUCGCCGGUAUGA